CCAUCCUUUUCCUUCACACCAACCAACACAUGUUCAUGUCCUUCGUGUCCUUCUACGCCAACACAUCCUCCUCCUCCUCCUCCUCCUCCUCUCUUUCCAUCCUCCAAAUUCUCCUAUAAUUAAUCACAUCCCUCAUUCCCUCACUACCCCACCCCACCCCAUCCCACCCCACAAACAACAAAGAAAGUAAAAAAAAAAAAGAGAGUUUCAAUGACUCUAGUCCUAAUACUCGGAUUCCUAUUGCUACAAUUUCUUCUUCUCCUCCUAUCACCACCGCAUGCAGCAGAUUCGCUACCGCCGGCGUCGCCGAUCCGCUGCGACGAGAACGCCGGCUGCGUGGUGUCGAACGCGUACGGCGCGUGGAACGACCGCCGGACCGAGUGCCGCGCGGGGUCGGCCGUCUACCCGACCACCGAGGCCGAACUCCUGUCGGCAGUCGCCGCCUCGCGCGACUCGAAAGCCAAAGUCGCCACCGCCUUCUCCCACACCAUCCCCAAACUCGCCUGCCCGCAGCCCGGCGGCAACAGCAGCAACGGCAGCACUACUUCUUCGGUGCUGAUCAGCACGGCCCAGUACAGGCAGGCGCUCGAGUUCGGCCCGGCCGAUCGGACGGUGACGGCGACGUCGGGGUGGGGGCUGCGGGAGGUGAUCGACGCGGCGGAGGAGAGGGGGAUGAGCCUGGCGGCCGCGCCGUACUGGGAGGGGGUCAGCGUCGGGGGGAUGGUGGCCACGGGGGCCCACGGCAGCUCCUGGUGGGGCCGGGGUGGCGCCGUGCACGACGCUGUCGACGCGGUCUCCGUCGUCGUCCCCGCGGGGUGCCGCGAGGGCUUCGCCAAGGUCGUCAGGCUCCGCCGCGGCGACCCCGGGUUCGGCGCCGCCGUGGUCUCCCUGGGGCUGCUUGGGGUCGUCUCCCAGGUGACAUUCUCAUUGGAACCAAGAUUCAAAAGGAGCAUAACCUACAGAUUCCAAGACAACUCGAGCUUUGAAGACGAAUUCACGGACCUCGCACGAAGCCACGAGUUCGCGGACAUUACCUGGUAUCCCUCACAGCACACGGCUGUGUACAGGUUAGACGAUCGAGUCCCCAUAAACACUUCUGGCAAUGGAGUAAAUGACUUCAUAGGGUUUCAGUCCAAUCCCAUCUUAGUUUCCACAGCAGUGAGAGCUACAGAAAAGGCACUGGAGAAAUCAAAGAACAUAAAAGGAAAAUGCACUGUGGCCAAAACGGAGAUAGCAUACAAGAAACUAGUGGGCAACGGAUUAAAGAACGAAGGCAUAAUUUUCACAGGCUAUCCAGUUGUCGGCUAUCAAGGUAAGAUGCAGACGUCCGGCUCAUGCCUACACUCCUCAAAGGCAGACCCUUUAAGCAUGUGUGCAUGGGAUCCAAGAAUCAAGGGGCUAUUCUUCUAUGAGACCACUGCUAUUUUCGCGGCAUCAAAGUUUAAAGAUUUCAUUCUUGAUGUGAAGAAGCUAAGGAACCUCAACCCAGAUAAUUUCUGCGGAGUGGACAUCUAUAAUGGCUUCUUGAUUCGAUUCAUUAAGAGCUCAGAAGCGUACCUUGGCCAAAAUGAGGAUUCCGUGGUUGUGGACUUCAACUACUAUAGAGCAGAUGACCCUUUAACCCCGAGGCUCAACCAGGAUGUGUGGGAAGAGGUGGAACAGAUGGCGUUCUUCAAACACGGGGCAAGGCCUCACUGGGCGAAGAACAGGAAGGUUGCCUUCUUGGGUGUGCAGAAUAAGUAUCCGAAAAUGGACAAAUUUAUCACAGAGAAGAAGCGAUUUGACCCAACUGGAAUUUUCGACAGUGUGUUGUCUGAUGAGAUACUAUUCGGGAAGGAAUCAGAAAAGUACGACGGGUGUGCAUUGGAUGGUCAGUGCAUUUGUUCUGAAGACACACAUUGUAGUCCAAGUCAGGGGUAUUUGUGCAAACCUGGACUUGUGUACCAAGAAGCUAUGGUGUGUAGAUAUACUGAUUCCACAGUUCAGUGAAUUCUUUAGUUCUCUCUGAUUUAAUUUGAU